AUGGCUCGCAAUACUCUCAGCCUACCCGAAGUUGAGCCCGUUGCUCUGGGGCUAAAGGAUGAGUCGAGUGUCAAGUCUGCGGAAAUAGAUGUUUCCAAUGACUAUGGCACACCCAAUUUACUCUUCCUUUACUACGUGCCGUUCAUUCCAGAUGACAAAAAGCCAGACCUUGAUGCAAUUGGAGACGUGUUCCAGACCUGGAACGCGUGGGAACUCGGACAGGCAGAGAUUCAACUCAUCAAGCAUACUGAGGAGGGCAAUCUCCCAUCCGACGACUCUCUUGCCUCUCGUGUCAUCAGAAAUAACUACCGAUCCAAGGCAAUCGACUUUUUCAGGUCAACAAGUGAAUCAUGGUUGACCGUUGCAAACGCCUCGAGAGACGAAAAAAGCGUUACAACAACGCAGGAGGAUGCGCUUGGUGAUGUCCGUAGGACACUCCGGACGAUUGCCGCGUCGUACAGACUUCAGAGUCAGUUCGGCGUCAUUCUUAAUGCCCUCAGUGGCCGCAUUAAUUUGGACAAGGAGAACAAAAUGCACUUCUCUCAUGUCUACUACAAGUACGACGUCAUUCAAGACACUACAUUCAAUAUCAACAAGCAAGAAGACGAUGGGAACAAGGGCGGCGGCAAGGAUACUUUCACAGUCUCAGUCCAGAUUAUUGUAAACACUUACAACUUUGACAGAAAGUUUUGGAGAGAUAAUCGGCAUGAAGGAGAGGCUGCCAUCCAGAGGGGGGAGCCCAUACGCAAGGAAAUGGCCUGGGACUUCUAUGUGGAUAGUUAG